AUCCGCGACUUGGGGACCCGGAGAGGUGUCGGGGACCGGGGGCUCCACAAGGGUAGCGCCCCGCGCCCCGUCCAGCUCCCGCCCCUUUGUCCCCACCCGGCUGCCGGGGCCUCAGGCCAGCUGUUGUGGAGGCGACUCCAGAAGGGCCCCGCCCGCGGACAAUGCGGGCCUGCCCCCCCCAUCCGGUCCGAUAAGAUCCGACCCGGGGGUCCGUGGGGAGGAGGCCCCGGGGGCGGCUCCCCGUCACCUGUCACCUUCCGCCGUCUCACGGAGCCGGCCGUGCAGGACGGAUGUGGCUGCCCCCGCCUGGGUCCCCGCGUGUGUGUUGGGGGACUCUUCCCCAUGAAAGUGGGCUCCCGGUGUGUGUGGCGGUGAGACAGGCUGAAAGGCCCAGGCGGGCCCAUCAGCGUUUGUCCUCAGCCCCUCCUCGGCUGGCCCUGGGGCCCCCCCAAACCUUCAGGACGGAGCCCGGAAGCCACAUGCCCAGAGCCGAGACCCCCCACAUUCCUGAGUGCCCCCAUUUCACCAAAGCCUCUGCUCCCGAGCCCUUGGGCCCUGACCCUGAAGACCCUUCCUUGCCCCCAGACGGCGCUGGCACCAUGAACAAGCUGCGUCAGAGCCUACGGCGCAGGAAGCCGGCCUACGUCCCCGAGGCCUCCCGCCCGCACCAGUGGCAGGCGGACGAAGAUGCCGUUCGUAAGGGCAAGUGCAGCUUUCCAGUCAGGUACCUUGGGCACGUCGAAGUGGAGGAGUCCCGGGGCAUGCACGUGUGUGAAGACGCAGUGAAGAAGCUGAAGGCGACUGGGCGGAAAUCCGUGAAAUCUGUGCUGUGGGUGUCAGCAGAUGGGCUGCGUGUGGUGGAUGACAAGACCAAGGACCUGCUGGUGGACCAGACCAUUGAGAAGGUCUCCUUCUGUGCCCCUGACCGAAACCUAGACAAAGCCUUCUCCUACAUUUGCCGGGAUGGCACCACUCGACGCUGGAUCUGCCAUUGUUUCCUGGCACUCAAGGACUCGGGUGAGCGGCUGAGCCACGCCGUGGGGUGCGCCUUUGCCGCCUGCCUGGAGAGGAAGCAGAGGAGGGAGAAGGAGUGCGGGGUCACGGCGGCCUUUGAUGCCAGCCGCACCAGCUUUGCCCGGGAGGGCUCCUUCCGCCUCACCGGGGGCAGCAGGCCCGCAGAGCGCCAGCUCGCAGAGAAGAAGAAAGCGGAGGCCGCCGCCGUGCCCGCCGUGCCCGCCCCGGGCCCUGCCCAGCCCGGGCACAUGUCCCCGACUCCCGCGGCCACAUCUCCAGGGGAGAAGGGAGAGGCGGGCGCGCCGGGGCCGGCUCCCCUGGGUCCCGCGGCUGCCGCCAUCCCCCGGCGCCACGCGCCCCUCGAGCAGCUGGUGCGCCAGGGCUCCUUCCGCGGCUUUCCUGCCCUCAGCCAGAAGAACUCGCCCUUCAAAAGGCAGCUGUCGUUGAGGCUCAACGAGCUGCCAUCCACGCUGCAGCGGCGCACCGACUUCCAGGUGAAAGGCACAGUACUAGAGAUGGAGCCGCCGGGGGCCAGCGACAGCGAUGGCAUCAACGCCCUGUGCACGCAGAUCAGCUCGUCCUUUGCCAACGCGGGCGCCCCUCUGCCAGGGCCCCAGCCCUCGGCCGCAGGGCCCUCAACCUGGACUGAGCCAGGCCUGCCCACCCCGCCGUCCGGGCACAAGCGGACGCCUUCGGAGGCGGAGAGGUGGUUGGAGGAGGUGGCCCAGGUAGCCAAAGCCCAGCAGCAGCAGCAGCAGCAGCAGCAGCAGGGGCUGCCCGGGCCCCGGGCGCCUGCCGCACCUGCCUCCUUGCCGCCUGCUCUCCAGCCUUUCCCAGCUGCGCCUGCCCCCAUGGCAGUUUUCCUGCCUGCCCCACACAUGCAGCCUGCCUUUGUGCCCACCUACCCAGGCCUGGGCUACCAGCCGGUGCCCCGGGUGCCCGUGGUGGGCAUCACACCUUCCCAAAUGGUCGCCAAUGCUUUCUGCUCCGCUGCUGCCCCCUCGGCCACCCAGCUCCAGCCUGCGGCACUGGCCGGGAAGGCCACCCCCUGCCCCCCACCGCCACCCCCCCGGCCCAAUGGGGCCCCCUGGCCCCCUGAACCCGGGCCAUCCCCAGCCCCAGAGGCGGACCCCUUUGAGGCUCAGUGGGCCGCCCUGGAAGGGAAGCCCCAGCCCGAGCGGCCAUCAAACCCUUUUUCCGGAGACCUCCACAAGACCUUUGAGAUUGAACUGUAGCAGGGGCCCACGCCUAUGUACGGGCACCCUCUCCAGCCCAAGUGUCCCUGUACAUGUCCCCCUCCAUGUGCCCAGCUCCAUGCCCCCUGGCACCGUGCCUCCCACCCCCACCCUUUCCUCUCCCUUCUCCCCACGUUUGUCCAAAGGGAAGAGUUCAUAUUCGGGUCGUGGGUGGCGAAGGGGGAUGUAAUUCAGGGAUGGCCCCAGUCACUGCCCCGUAGAAGACAGAAUUGGCCUAGCACUGCCCUAACCCCCUCUCUUGUGAUGCCCUCAGGGGCGUGGGGGCUGCGUCUCUCCUCCCCUUGCCCUCCCCACAAGUAUAGUUCUUUUCUUCAGCCUGCUCCCCUGGCCGGGGGACGGAGGGGUGGUGCGUGGCAGGGGAAGAGAGGCUUGCUUGGGGGGUGCAGGCCUGAGCACAAGACAAGGGGCUCCCCCCCAGCCCACCCCACUGCCACUGCCAAUGCCCAGGGGGCGUCCAGGCCUAUCCCCCCUUCUCUUGCCCAGGGCUGGGGGUGAGGGAGAGGGAGAGGUGAAGCGCGUAGGGGGCCUGCACAGAGCUUGGGCAGGUUGGGGAAAGAUGCUCAGUUACCUCACUUUUGUGCUCGCCACUGAGGGAAGAGGGGAGCAGGGAAGGGACGCCCGGCGGGCACAGGGGCUGCGCCCAUCACCGCCUGGACUUUUCUAUCUUUUAUCUCCAGAUUUUUUUUUUGUAUCUAAACCUGCAGAUUUGUAUUAUACAAUGAGAGCCAAUAAAGAAGGAAUAUAACGGA